AUGACAGUCGACGACACGCUCACGCUCACGCUCCCGCGCAUCCUCUGCCUGCACGGCGGCGGCGUCAACGGCACCGUCUUCCGCCUCCAGUGCCGCACCAUCAUCGCCCAGCUCGCCCGCACGUUCCGCCUCGUCUUCAUGGACGCGCCCUACGCCUCCCGCCCGCACCGCGACAUCGCCGCCGUCUACGGCGAGCUCGGCCCCUUCUACCGCUGGCUGGCCUGGAGCCCCGAGGAGCCGGGCCUGCCGCCCAGCGCCGGCCCCGACGACAUCAUGGACGCCUGCCUCGCCGCCAUGGCCCGCGACGCCGGCUCGGGGCCCUGGGUCGGCGUCCUCGGCUUCUCGCAGGGCGCCAAGGUCGCCGCGAGCCUGCUGUGGGCGCAGCAGCGCGCAGAGGCCGACGCCCAGACGCUCCCGCCCCGGACCAGCUUCAAGUUCGGCGUCCUCAUGGCCGGCAGCGCCCCGGUCCUGCACCUGGACCGGCGCCUGCCGCGGCCGCCGCACGUCGCCAGCACCGCCGUCUUCAGCACCUCCUUCGACGACUAUCCCGACCCGGCCGCCCCCGCGCGCGGCCCGCACGUCCUGCGCGUUCCCACCCUGCACGUCCACGGCCUGCAGGACCCCGGCCUCCCGAGGCACAGGGCCUUGCUGCACACCUACUGCGAGCCCGGCACCACGAGGCUGGUCGAGUGGCACGCCGGCCACAGACUGCCCAUCAAGACGGCCGACGUCCAGGCCAUUGUGGCCCAGCUGCUCGACAUGGCCACGGAGACGGGGGCUCUUCCACGCUCAUAG